AAAUAGUACAUUAUUAUUAUUAUAUUAAUUAUUUAUUUUGAGAGAAAAGAGUAAAUAAAAAAAAAAAAAACUGAGAAUAUUGUAUUGCUCAUGGGUCCGGGGCAGGUUGAUGGGAUUUGAACCUUCUCCCCUGACGUAACUUUUUUUUUUUUUUUUGUUUUGUUUAUUUAUUUAUUUGCAAAGCCAGUCUGCUCAUUCAUCCUCCUACUAUGAGCGCCGGGGAGUCGCGCAGUCACCAGGGGGCAUGCACAUAGUAAUAAUAAUAAUAACGAUGCAUUUCAGGAAAAGCUGCUGAGCGGGCUUGUUAUCGUUUUGGACCGCUCCGCACGAACGCUCCCGCGGCCGCGGUGCGAUGGCGCGGCGCGCAUAGCUCCAUGUGUCCGGCGGGACUGCCCCUGGCUUUUUUUCUGGGGAAGAUCAUAUUGGAUCAUAUUGUUUGCAGGACGUUGUUCCUCCUGCAGCCCCUCCAGUCUAUCCCGACGUAGUUGUGAAUUGAACAUGGCGACUGUACCAGUAUAUUGCAUCUGCAGAUUACCUUACGACGUGACCCAGUUCAUGAUCGAGUGCGAUGCCUGCAAGGACUGGUUCCACGGCAGCUGUGUUGGGGUGGAUGAAGACGAUGCUCCUGACAUUGACAUCUAUCACUGUCCAAACUGUGAAAAGACCCACGGCAAGUCCACCUUGAAAAAGAAGAAGAACUGGAAUAAACAUGACACGGGGCAGAGCACGGACAUCAAAGCUGUUCAAAAUGGCAGUCAGGUCUUCAUCAAGGAGCUCCGAAGUAGAACCUUCCCCAGUGCUGAUGACAUCCUGGUGAAGCUCAGCGGCUGUCAGCUGACCAUGGACUUCCUGGAGGAAAACGGCUUCGACCAGCCAAUCCUGGUCCAGAAGAAAGACGGCCUGGGCAUGUCCAUGCCCGCCCCCACCUUCUACAUCAGUGACGUGGAGAACUACGUGGGUCCGGAUGUGAGCGUGGACGUGGUGGAUGUCACCAAGCAGACCGACAGCAGGAUGAAGCUGAAGGAGUUUGUCGAUUACUACUACAGCACAAACAGGAAGAAGGUGUUGAACGUCAUCAACCUGGAGUUCUCAGACACCAGAAUGAGCGGCAUCGUGGAGAGUCCUCACAUUGUGCGGCAGCUGUCUUGGGUGGAGAACUACUGGCCCGACGACGCUCUGCUGGGAAAGCCCAAAGUCACCAAAUACUGCCUGAUCUGUGUGAAGGACAGCUACACCGACUUCCACAUCGAGUGUGGGGGGGCCUCCGUCUGGUACCACGUCCUGAAGGGAGAAAAGAUCUUCUUCCUCAUCAAGCCCACCUCCGCCAACCUGUCGCUGUACGAGCGAUGGAGGUCCUCGUCCAGUCACAGUGAAAUGUUCUUCGCCGAUCAGGUGGACAAAUGCCACAAAUGCACCCUGAAGCAGGGCCAGACACUCUUCAUCCCAUCAGGCUGGAUCAACGCCAUACUGACUCCGGUGGACUCACUCUCCUUCUCUGGACACUUUGUGCACAACCUGAGUGUGGAGAUGCAGAUGAGAGCGUAUGAAAUCGAGAAGCGGCUGAAGGUCAGAAGCCUCACCCCUUUCCCCAACUUUGAGACGGCGUGCUGGUAUGUGGGACGCCACUUCCUGGAGCGAUUCAAAGGUUUACACAAAGCAAACAAGCAGCCGGCUGCAUACCUGAUCCACGGUGCCAAAAUCAUUAACGGAGCCUUUAGAGCCUGGACGAAAAAACAGGCCCUGCUGGAACACGAAGACGAGCUUCCAGAAAACAUGAAACCAUCACAGCUCAUCAAAGAUCUCGCCAAAGAGAUCAGACUGUUUGAGAAUGCAACAAAAGUCAUAAAGAACGAACCAAACGUCAAAGUUCCCGUUGAAGAGCCUCCGUCCGCCCAGUCGGAGCCGGAGGAGCCCGCUUCCCCAGAAGACAUCCCGUCGCCCAGCAGAGAAAAGUUCCGAAAGAAAGCUCCCAAACCCCCCAAGCCCCCAAAGAUGCCCAAGGCCCCCAAACCCCCCAAAGUACCCAAGGUGAAGGAGGGAGGCAAAAAGAAGACAAAGAAGACAAAGGAGCUGUCGCCGCCUCCUAAACCCUCCAGCUUUGCAGCCCUGGAGUCCCAUGCCAAGGACAUCUUGAGUAAGAUGGACCUGCCAAGAAAGCAGAAGGCUGUGAAGAACAUCCUCAGUGUGUCUGAGAAGGAGCUGUCAAAGCAGAACAGCGUGGAGAAGUUUGAAAUGCGAGAGCAGAACAAAAACAAGACCGAAGCGAAGUGGAAGUAUAAGAACAGCAAACCAGAUUCCUUACUGAAGAUGGAGGAGGAAGGCCGGUUCGAUCGGACGUCACUGUCAGGACACAAAGACAGGUUCAGCUUCACCAUGUCUCACCUGAGAACUCCCAGCUCCAAGCUCCUGAAACCUCAGACCAACUCCGGUCUGUUUGGAUCACUACAAAACCUUAAAGAGGAGAAGAACAAGCCGGUGAGGGAUGAGUACGAGUACGUCUCUGACGAAGGAGAGCUAAAGAUCGACGAGUUCCCCAUCCGGCGGAAGAAGAACGCUGUAAAGAGAGACCUCUCCAUUUUUUCAGACAUCCUGCAACCAGCCAAAAAACCAAAGUUCCAGCCGUUGGUGACGAAGAGCGCGGACUCCUCCGAUGAAGAGACUCUGCACAUCGACACAGAGGCCAAGUCUGAGCUCAGAGGUCGCAACUCCAAGAUGAAGAAGAAGAGCGUGAGCGCUGCAGGAAUUCUGGACCUGCUCCAGGCCAGCAAGCAAGUGGGCGGGAUCGACUACAGUACCAACAGUCAGCCGCCUGCGUCUCCCAGCACACAGGAGGCCAUUCAGGGCAUGCUGUCCAUGGCCAACCUGUCGUCUUCAGAGAGCCUGCAGCAGCAGUGGAGCAACAGCCAGUCGAAGAACAACAGCCAGUCCAAAAGCAGUUCGCACGGCUCGCAGGCUGGCAAGAAGGGCGGCGGGGGCGCCGGCGUGGGGAGCAGCAACGGCAAACGGCCGGUAAAACGUCUCCCAAAGAAACCCCGGAAAAGCAGCAGUAUUGAGAGUCUAGAUUACGACGAUGACCAGGAUCACAUGGAUGCAUGUUUCAAAGACUCCGACUAUGUGUAUCCCUCACUGGAGUCGGAAGAAGACAAUCCUGUGUUCAAAUCGAGAUCGAAAAAGAGGAAAAACAGCGACGACACUCCAUACAGCCCAACAGCUCGCGUUGGACCUUCAGUUCCCCGACAGGAGCGUCCAGCCAGAGACGGCGCCCGCGUGGCCUCCAUAGAAACCGGUUUGGCUGCCGCGGCGGCGAAGCUUUCCCAUCAGGAGGAGCAGCAAAAGACAAAGAAAAAGAAGAAAAGCACCAAAAAGAAGGCCUUGUUGAGCGAGGAGCCCCUGAAAGCCUCUCAGGACAGCAGCUCUCCAGAGCACAAUCCGGACUCACAGGACGGAAGCCUGACGGACCAGGAGUUCAACACUGGAACGGUCAAGUCGCCGGGGGGGCACCAUCCCAUGGCGCCGGGGGUCUUCCUCGCCCAGAGGAGGCCGUCCGUGUCCUCUCCCAACAACAGCAGCAACUCCACCAACACCAGCAGCAGCAGCACGGCAAAGGCAGAGCGGGCAGCCUCAGUGGACACCAAAACAAAGCGGCUGAAGAAAGGCAUGGCAACGGCCAAACAGAGACUGGGAAAAAUUUUAAAGAUCCAUCGAAACGGAAAGCUCCUCCUGUAGCAGCAGCAGUUUCCUGCUGAAGGACUGAAGACUCAUCCAAACUCACACCUGCUCACUGAAGACAGCCGCAACAGAGGAGCUGGACCACUGUGGGCAAGGAGGAGAAUCAUGCAUUUUCAAUUUCUAAAAUGAACAUCACUCAGAUAGGUUUUUGCCUCUACUUAUACUUUAUAACUUUCAGAUAUUAAAGUGUACAGAAGCUAUUAUAAAUAUUUUUUAAGAGAACGUGUCUCAUUUUCUUACAGUUGUCAGUUAUUCAGGGGUUGUGAAGUGGAAGUACAUUGCAGUCAUUCCAAGAUAUGUGAAAGUAUCCCUUGCAUGUCUUGAGUUGCAUGUGUGCUUGGCUCAGGGCUGGGGCGGGGGGGCAAGAUGAAGCGGAAGACUGCCCCCCACCAGCCCUCCUUCAGAGUUGGGCUCUCACUGUAAAGCUCAUUCUGAUCGGACAUUUAUUUACCCUUCUCAUUAGAAAGGAAACAAAGAGCAGCUGUAAAGCACAAAGCCAGCUUGCGGUGUGUGAGGACAUUUUGGAACAACACAAAAGGAGGGCGGGGUGGCACACCAGGAUCUACUAGGAUGCACCGGAUCCAGUGCAGUACGUCUGACACUAAAGGGACCUGCAGCUGACGAGGAGCCGCAUGGAUGUCGACUCCACAUGGGGAUACUUUCCGUCUUCUCUUGUUUUCACAGGCAGCACGGGCGGCCUCCGCUCUGCAGGCCCCUCACGUAGAAUGUAGCUCAGUAUUUCAACGGUUUUGUCUUUUUCCCCCUAAAGUUGAGUGUUUUUUUUACUAAAAAUAUAAUAUAUAUAUAUAUAUUUGUGUGUGUAUAUAUAUAUAUAUAUAUAGAUGUAUAUACACACACAGACACACAUUUAUGUUUGUAAGCAUAUGGUAGACUAAUUUUAGCAGUAAACUUUUUUUUUUAUCCCAGUUUAAAAGGUGCUGCCUGGAAAACGAAAGAAAAAAAUCAUUUUUUUCUUGUCAUAUGGCCUUACAUACACAGAGCUUAUUGCAUUGUGAUUUUUUUCUUUGAGCAAGAGAGGAAAACUGUGGAAAAGGAAAGAAAAAAACAACCCCACAAAGUUUCUUUGACCAGCCUCUUGUUCCAUGUUCUAGCAAACGGAAAGUUUCAGAGUUAUUUUUUAGCACCUUGUGAUGUGUUUCUGUGUCAGUGAUGUAAUUUAUUAAUGUUUGUAGCUUUUUUAUACUUGUACAAUUCUUAAGAGUUUUGCUUUUGAAUAUUUCAUCAUGGUUGUGGAAAUACCCUUUGACUGUUUGGUUUGUUUUGUAUGUGUGUGCAUUCGGACAGAAAACACUGAACAUCAUGAACACAAGUAACAACGCCUAUUUCCAUCCUGUCACAUGUCCAAGCCACGCCCUCUCUCUUUGGCGCCCUCUCGUGUUUUGUUUUGCUCCAAACAUGAUGGAGAACUUUGAUUCUUUAUCAGAUCAAACUGUCUUGCAGUUCAUACCUUCAUGCUUGAGUUUGAUUUUUUUAUUUUUUUAUGUCUGACCUGUUCAAUGCACCCGCUGAUCCACAGCAGAGAGCUGCAGCUGUCGUCUCCGUCUUCCCUGCUGCUCUUCAAUGUCGUUUUCUUUUGACUCCAAUGUUAAUUUUUCUGUAUUUAGAAGUUUCUGUUCAAAGUCCUGCUUCACUUUUCUAAUUUGUGCAGAAAUGACAAACUGGCGGAGCAAACAUAUUGUUGUAGAAUGAUAUGAUUGUCACCUUGUUUACUUUUCCAAUACAGUUACUGUGGAAAACUGA